AUGGCCUUCUCGGACCGGCUCAUCGGAGGAUCGCUCCUGGCUAUCUCAGUCUUUGUGUUCUCAUACUACACGAUCUGGGCUCUGAUUACUCCUUUUUUCCCUAGCGAUUCCUCAAUCCAUGCCUUGUUUCCGGCCCGUGUAUGGGCUGUGCGUUUGCCUGCGCUUGCAUUGGUGUUUGGCUUGACGGUGAUCGGGGCGUUCAUAUUCAACGUGCUUCGCAAGCAGGCCAUUGCCAAGCGCGAAAAAGAAUUGCAAAAAAGUGCUUAA